AUGGCCGAGGUAGAUACGGCAGCACCGGCCGAGACGGUGGCAGUGGCGGUGGCGGUGGCGGACCAGAACCGGGAGGAUGAUGGACAUGAUAAUGUAGAUGGGUCGGCGCCAGAGGCGCAGCCCGAUGCCUCGGAGGAGGCGACCCCGACCGACACUACGGCGGCGCCCGUUGAUGAGGCUGAGCCCGACGCGCCCGCCACAGAGGAUACAGGUGCUGAGCCCGAGACGAGCGCGGUCUCAGAGGCCGAGGUCAGCAAGCAGGAAGCUGAAAACAUGGAUGCGUCAGCAGACGUUGCGGCGUCUGAGGAACAGAGCACCUCCGCAGCCGUGGACACGGCACCUGAGGAUGAGCUGGCGCCCGAGCGCAGCGAGGACAAGCCGGUGUCAGCAGACACGGCGCCCGAGGCUGACGCUGACGCUGAUGCCAACGACGAUGCGGCCGAUCAGACUAUGCAGGACGCACAAGCGGAUCCCAGUGCUGAGGAGCCGGCCCCCGACGCCAGCAAUAACCUUGACAUGGAAACAAACGCUGUGCUGGCCAACGUGUUCGGCUUUGAUGACGACGAUGACGACGAAGACGAAGAGUUUGAGGGCUUUGAACAAAGCGAAAUUUCGCAGCUCCUGCCCGAGCCCGAACCAGAAGAGGCGCCAAAGGAGAAAAGCAAGACGUACCGCCGCAACCCACGGCCCGUAGCUCCAAUCACGGCUUCUGACGAUUCCCCGUGGGCCAAGCUAAAGCGCCCCAAGCGCCGCGCUCAGGAUGGUGAUGAUACCAUGAAGGAUGAGGUCGUCAAAACGGUCCUCACCCGCAUGACCGUGGCCGCGGAAGAGGACAUCAAAGCCGUCUACGCCCAUCGCCCCGCCGUCUACAAGCUCCGCUAUCUUGAAUCGGCCAAAUCAUAUAUCCAGCACGCUUCGUACCGAUUAACCUUUUUUGAGAACGCCGCCUACAAACAAUAUGCGCUGUGGCUCAAGCCCUUGCCUGACCGCUCCCUGCCCCCUGAGCCGGUUCGCAACGCCAUGUAUAGUGCACUCGAGCACAUGCCACCCUUUGACAAACAAGACAAGGAAUCCUUUGAGGAAUCCAAACUAGGCCGUUUGUGCAACUUUUUGCGCCAGCACCCCAAAGAGACGAUUGAGAAUAAGCAGCGUCUUACGCGUCUCAUUGAAGCCUGGACCCGCCAGCUCACGGGUACACACAACAAGUUUGACCAGCUGCCGGAGGAAGAGAAGCGCGCGAUCGUGUUGCAUCAGGCUCGCAUGGCACGGCGGGCAUCGUCAGGAGGCAACAGCAAAGCAUCAGAAGCCCCGGCAGUUGACACUUCUCGUCUACGCCCCGGCGAAAAGGGAUUUAUUGCCCGUGCCCGCAUGCCGCAGCCUCAGACACGCACCUACAUCAAGCGACCAGAACACAAGGUGGCGCGCCCCAUUGAUCCCAACGUCAAGGAAACGGUUUCUGCGACUGGAUUUGACAAAAUGGCCAUGAGCUUCAAAAAGCUUCAGCAGUCUUCGCGCCGUGGUGGCACUGGCGCCUCGGUCAACAUUUCAGGAUCCUUCUCUGGCUCGAUGAAGUAG